UGAAGAAAAUAAAACAUCACUCAUUCAGUUUGUGGCUGUACGUUAAAUCCUCGAGAGAGAGAGAGAAAUUAAAGGUUUUUAAUCUUUAAUACAAUGUCAAAAAAAGCAUCAGGCAUAUUGCUUGAUCUGGAAUCACAAGAAAGCUGUGGCUCUCCUUCAUUUAUGUCACAUACCCCUUCCAAGGAUCCACAACCAACCUCCGGCGAUGACGACGGCGGAGAUGUUGGGAGGAUUCCGUUAGAAGAAUGGUUACCGAUCACAGAAUCAAGAAAAGGAAAUGUUUUCACGGCAACGUUUCAUCUUCUCUGUUCGGGACUUGGUUUCCAAGUGCUUCUUCUUCCUGCAGCUUUCGCAGCACUCGGAUGGGUAUGGGGAAUAAUAAUAUUAACGGUGGCAUUUGCAUGGAAGCUCUACACGACAUGGCUUCUUGUUCAUCUACACGAAGCCGUACAUGGAACACGUUUGAGCAGAUACUUGAGACUCGCAAUUGCUUCAUUCGGUGUAAAGCUUGGGAAACUUCUCGGAAUAUUUCCUGUGAUGUAUCUCUCAGGAGGAGCUUGUUCGAUUCUGGUUAUAACCGGAGGAAAAACAAUAAAACAACUUGUACACAUUCUGUCUGAAGAUGACACAGUGCCACUUACUACCUUGCAAUGUUUCGUGAUCUUCAGCUGCCUCGCGGUGGUCUUGUCCCAGUUUCCGAACCUGAAUUCUCUUUUUGGACUCUCGUUGAUCGGUGGUGUUAUGGCCGUAGCAUAUUCCACCGCAAUAUGGAGUUUACCUCUAACUAGGGUUCUGCAAAGGAAUCAUCAAAACAAUGUCUCUUACACUAUAAAAGAUACAAGUUUCGAUAACAUUUUCAACGCCAUUGGAUUGAUAGCCAUUUCAUUACGCGGGAACAACCUAAUCCUAGAGAUACAGGGUACUCUUCCUUCCGAUUCAAAGAAUCCUUCCAGCAAGACGAUGUGGAGAGCUGUGGUGAUCUCUCAUGUGAUCAUUGCGGUUUGUAUGUUUCUAGUAUCCAUUGUUGUCUAUUGGGCAUACGGUGACAAGAUUCCGGCUACUGGAGGUCCAAUAGGAAACUACUUGAAACUUUACGAACAAGACUACUCAAAGCGAGCCUCUUGUUUUAUACACAUCACGUUCAUCAUCAAUUGCUUAUGCUCAUAUCCGAUAAACUUAAUGCCGGCUUGUGACAACGCAGAGAUGGUGUACGUGACCAAGAGACAAAAGCCUUGCUCCGUCUUUGCCCGGAUGAUGUUACGUGUGUCCUUGGGUUUGGUUUGUUUCUUUAUAGCCGUUGGAUUCUCGUUCUUGCCUUAUCUCGCGGUUCUUAUCGGAGCAGUAGCAUUGCUUGUUACUUUUACGUACCCGUGUUUCAUGUGGAUCUCAAUCAAACAGCCCGAAACGAAAAGCUUGAUGUGGUUGAUCAACGUUUUUGUGGGAAGCUUAGGCGCGUCUCUAAGCGUUUUGCUUGUGGUUACGUCGGCAUUAUUUUUGGCUGAAAAGGGUUUACAUGCAAACUUCUUCAGACCCUAAAGCAUUCUUUGUUAAUGUUAGCAUGUAAAUAUGAAUUUCUUUCACAAGAAGUUCAAAUUGGGAACUUUAUUCGUAAUGACCACAUGAGACAUGAAAUUCAAAAAAACGAUAGUGCACUGAAUCUCCACCAAAAUCCUUGGAUUCAUUAGAUGAUUUGGCAUUCAUUCGGAAUCAUUUAUUUUAUGGAUGAUGUCUAUCUCUAUGAAUAUUUUGAUAGAAAUUUUCCCCAAAUUAUAACUCUUAAUAACAACUGAUUUAUUCGUUCUUUAAAAUAUCAAAUUGAAGAUAGAGACAUUGAUGAUGUUCAGUGUGUUAUCUUCUUGCUCUUAAAUGAAUCGAAAGCUAUGAAAAGGUUGAAUCUAAGCCGAAGAAGAGCUAAACCAAAAAAAAUACUUCGAGAAAACUCAAUCCAUUUGUGAUUGUCAGUUACGUGGUACGUGUGACUUGUAACUUUUUUUUUUUUGUUGCUAAAUAUCCACUUGUAACUCUUUUGUAGUUUUUUUUUAAAUAUAAUAACUCUUUUUUAGUUGCUAAAUAUGCAUUUGUAACUUGCUUUUAUUUUAUUUUAUUUUCCUUUGUGUUAAUCUUGAUUUGUACACUUGUGUUGACAUUUGUUUUUAUUUUAAAAAAAUUGAAAGGAUGACAUGAGAUUUUUUUUUUUUUUAAACACUGUAUUCACUACACGGAUGAGAUACAUGGAUGAGAUACAAAGCCAUCAGCACACAUCAGUGUCUCUGGAAACAAAGCUGGACAAACCAAAGGUUUUCCAGAAACUAAAGCCCUAACAAGGGAAACGACAAGAACAACGACAAGAAACAACACCUAACCAAACUAGAAGAAGUGAGUAAACAGAUCAAAAUAAACCUUCACCAAAAG